AUCAGCUAAGUUGGUUAGUGGCAUGCAGGUUCCUCAGACAAGCGGAACGAUUCCAGCGCACCAGUGAGGUUUCUGCCCGGAAUUUGAGAGCCGCUUCCGUUGCUCAGCGGAAGUGUGGGUCGCAAGAGGACAGACUCUUGGAAGAAUCCGCUGUGGGCUGAGCGCACAACCGGAAUCAUGUCGAGUUUGGCGGUGAGAGACCCGGCAAUGGAUCGAUCACUGCGUUCCGUGUUCGUGGGGAACAUUCCGUAUGAGGCGACUGAGGAGCAGUUAAAGGACAUUUUCUCAGAGGUUGGUUCUGUUGUCAGUUUCCGGCUGGUUUACGAUAGAGAGACGGGGAAACCCAAGGGUUAUGGCUUCUGCGAGUACCAAGACCAGGAAACCGCUCUCAGUGCCAUGCGGAACCUCAAUGGGCGGGAAUUCAGCGGGAGAGCGCUUCGGGUGGACAAUGCUGCCAGUGAAAAGAAUAAGGAAGAGUUAAAGAGUCUAGGGCCCGCAGCGCCCAUCAUUGACUCGCCUUAUGGGGACCCUAUCGAUCCAGAAGAUGCCCCUGAAUCCAUUACCAGAGCAGUCGCCAGCCUUCCUCCAGAGCAAAUGUUUGAGCUGAUGAAGCAGAUGAAGCUCUGUGUCCAAAAUAGCCACCAGGAAGCUCGAAACAUGUUACUUCAAAACCCUCAGCUGGCUUAUGCGCUGUUGCAGGCACAGGUGGUGAUGAGGAUCAUGGAUCCAGAGAUUGCCCUGAAAAUUCUGCAUCGCAAGAUUCAUGUCACACCACUUAUCCCAGGCAAAUCUCAGUCUGUCUCUGGGCCAGGACCUGGCCCUGGGCUCUGCCCAGGACCUAAUGUUCUUCUGAACCAGCAGAAUCCUCCCGCCCCUCAGCCUCAGCAUUUGGCUAGGAGACCUGUGAAGGACAUUCCUCCUCUGAUGCAGACUCCUAUCCAGGGUGGAAUUCCAGCUCCAGGGCCAAUACCAGCUGCUGUUCCUGGACCUGGUCCUGGUUCUUUAACUCCUGGAGGAGCAAUGCAGCCCCAAGUGGGAAUGCCAGGGGUUGGCCCAGUGCCUUUAGAGCGGGGACAAGUACAGAUGGCAGACCCUAGAGCUCCUAUACCUCGUGGACCCAUGACUGCUGGUGGCCUGCCUCCUCGAGGACUGUUAGGAGAUGCUCCAAAUGACCCACGUGGAGGGACUCUGCUUUCAGUCACUGGAGAAGUAGAGCCCAGAGGUUAUCUGGGUCCACCCCAUCAGGGUCCCCCUCUGCAUCAUGCCUCUGGUCAUGACAACCGUGGCCCUUCCUCACAUGAGAUGAGAGGAGGGCCAUUAGCAGAUCCCAGGCUGCUAAUUGGAGAGCCCAGAGGACCCAUGAUUGAUCAAAGGGGGCUCCCUAUGGAUGGUAGAGGCAGUAGAGACUCUCGAGGGAUGGAGACUCGAGCCAUGGAAACUGAAGUCUUAGAGACACGAGUAAUGGAGAGAAGAGGAAUGGAGACUUGUGCGAUGGAAACCAGAGGAAUGGAAGCAAGAGGCAUCGAUGCAAGAGGAUUGGAGAUGAGGGGCCCUGGCCCCAGUUCCAGAGGCCCUAUGACUGGUGCAAUUCAGGGUCCUGGUCCCAUUAAUAUAGGAGCAGGUGGUCCUCAGGGACCCAGACAGGUCCCAAGCAUUUCAGGGGUGGGGAAUCCUGGAGCUGGCAUACAGGGGGCAGGCAUGCAAGGGGGAGGAAUGCAGGGAGCAGGCAUACAAGGAGGAGCAAUGCAGGGGGCAGGCAUACAAGGAGUGGGCAUGCAAGGGGCAAGUAAGCAAGGUGGAGGCCAACCUAGCAGUUUUAGUCCUGGUCAAAGCCAGGUAACUCCACAGGAUCAAGAAAAGGCAGCUUUGAUCAUGCAGGUUCUUCAGCUGACUGCAGAUCAGAUUGCCAUGCUGCCUCCUGAGCAAAGGCAGAGUAUCCUCAUUUUAAAGGAGCAAAUCCAGAAAUCCACUGGAGCUUCUUAAAAGGUUUUAGAAUACACUUGGUUUUAGUCUCAGAAAGUUCAUUCUGUAGCAUGAAGAAUGGUUGCAAAAAAGUGAUUCUGUGUCUCAUACUUGAAUCGUUAGAGUUUCCCUCCUCCUAGAAUUUAAUCUUAUUUCUCAUUGUCUUAUUUCUUUGUUUUCUUUUUUUAUUUUUUAUUGAGGGUGGGGGGAGGAGAGAGUGGGUCUGUUCACUUUAACUCAUUGUAUAUAGGCAAAAAUAGCUCUGAACAUGAUUAUAUUACACCAUUUAAGAUUACAAAGAAUAUGCAGCAAUAUUAAAGUGUCUGUAAUAUGUUAACUGCAUUUUUAAAAUGUUCAGUAAAACUAUGUGAAAACUGCACAUGCAGACUAAAAGGUGACCUGUUAAAAUGGUAAUGCACUAAGAUAGAUUUAAGAUUUUUUGGUUAUAUAGCAAAAUAAAAAAAAAGUU